AUGAUAUUUAAUUUAUAUUCAAAAUUAAAAAAAAAUUUAUUAUUAAAAAAAUUUAAAAAUAUAAAUAUAAUAAAAUAUAAUAUAAAUAAAAAAAUAUAUAUUAAAUAUUUAAAUAUUAUAUUUAAAAGUAAAAAUUCAAAUAAUUAUAUAUAUAAUAAAAUUAAUUAUAAUUAUAAAAAUAUUAAAUUAUUAUAUAUAAUAUCUAAUAAAUAUAAUUUAUUACUAAUUAAAAUAAUAAAUUUUUGGUAUAUAUUAUUAUAUUAUAAAAUAAAUUAUCAUAAUAUAUAUUUAAUUAAAAAUAUUUUUACAUAUUUUUAA